AUGAGCUACAUAUUUAGCUUCAAUAGAAAGCUUACCUCGGAAUACUAUAAUUUUUCCACAGCGCUUCGUCAAGCUGCCAUACAAGAUGCUGGUUUAGCCAUCUAUGACGUUCUCCAGGCUUUCUGUAUUCCGCCACCAAUAUUCCUGGUCCAUCGAUAUUUUAGCGAGAUCCUCCAAUUUGUCAUGCACACUAGCCUAAUUGAUGACUUGGGGCCUCUUGGCAUCGUAUUCAACACGCCGUCACAUCAUCGUGUCCACCAUGGUCGAAACCCGUACUGUAUAGAUAAAAACUACGGUGGUGUAUUUAUCAUCUGGGAUAAGAUGUUCGGGACUUUCGCAGCAGAACGAAAAGAUGAUCCACCGAUUUAUGGUCUUGUACACAAUGAAAACACAUUCAAUCAGAUUUACUUACAAGCUCAUGUACUAUGGGACAUGAUCUACUUCAAGGGACAAAUGAAGGACGAAAAAGGUCAACCGAUCUUUCCUGGAGUAAUCAACAAGGUAGGUGUAACUUCGUCUAAUACAGAUUCUUGCAUUGCUGACAACAUUUGCGCGUAAAG